GGAAGGUUCUGACUGCAGCAGCUUGUGGCGUUGUGGAGGCAUUAGACAGGGCAGGAGCAGCCAUGCCAUUUGGCUGUUUGACUCUGGGAGAGAAGAAGGACUACAACAGUCCUUCAGAGGUCACCGAUAAGUAUGACCUGGGACAGGUAGUGAAAUCGGAGGAGUUUUGUGAAAUCUUCAGGGCGAAGGACAAGAACACACUGAAAAUGUACACCUGUAAAAAGUUCCUGAAGAAAGAUGGGAGAAAAGUACGGAAAGCAGCCAAAAACGAGAUCCUCAUCUUGAAAAUGGUGAAGCAUCAUAACAUCCUCCAGCUGGUAGAUGUCUUUGAGACGAGAAAAGAGUACUUCCUCUUUCUGGAGCUGGCCACAGGAAGGGAGGUGUUUGACUGGAUCUUAGACCAGGGCUACUACUCAGAACGUGACACCAGCAAUGUGAUUCGGCAGGUGCUUGAGGCUGUGGCUUACUUACACUCUCUCCACAUCGUUCACAGAAACCUAAAGCUGGAAAAUCUGGUCUACUACAACCGUCUGAAGAACUCCAAGAUUGUAAUCAGUGACUUUCACCUGGCCAAACUGGAAAAUGGUCUCAUCAAAGAGCCAUGUGGCACUCCAGAGUACCUUGCUCCAGAGGUGGUUGGCAGACAGAGAUAUGGCAGACCAGUGGACUGCUGGGCCAUCGGGGUGAUCAUGUACAUCCUACUGUCAGGAAACCCACCUUUUUAUGAUGAGACAGAUGAUGAUGAAUAUGAUAAUCACGAUAAGAACUUGUUCCGGAAAAUUCUGUCUGGAGAAUACGAGUUUGAUUCACCCUAUUGGGAUGACAUCUCAGAUUCAGCAAAAAGCCUAGUUGCAUGUUUAAUGGAUGUGGACCAGGACCAAAGACUGACUGCACAGGAAGCCAUCAACCAUGAGUGGAUAUCUGGAAAUGCUGCCUCAGAUAAGAACAUCAAAGAUGGCGUUUGUGCUCAGAUCGAGAAAAACUUUGCUAAAGCUAAAUGGAAGAAAGCUGUUCGUGUGACCACCAUGAUGAAGAGACUCAGGGCUCCAGAUCAGAGUGACUCUGGAGCCUCUAGUCCUGCACUGGGAGCCUCAGGAGGACCUGUUACCCCCAGCACCACCCCUGUUCCCCUGGCUGCCACACCAGUGCCUCCCCACAGCACCCUGGUCGGCCAAGAUCACCCCGAGGCCCAGGGGCAGGAGGCAUCAGCUCCAACACGGUGCAAUGGAGAGAUGUUGACAUCCCAGCAGCGUUAGUGGGGAGACUAGGGAGGAAUAGAAUGCUGGAUACAUUAAGAGAAAUAUAGUGACAAAUAGAGCAGCACCAUAUUGAAAUCUAUUGGUGGAGCAAAGUUCAAUUGUGCUUAGAAGCUUGAUCGCCAUUUUACAUUUUCAUUUGUGCAAAAUGCUGUAAUCUACGAAGAAUUUAAAAUGUAAAUCCCAGACCCAUAGUAGUCUGUCUGUAUUUUCUUAAAUAGAUUUAUCAAAGAAAUACUGUUUGUUACUUCUCGAAUAAUACACACUGAUUUAAUUUCCAAAACUUGCUAUUGUUAAUUCAAACCGAUUCAAAAAUUCCUCCUCCAAACCUUUGCUGCCAUUUACAGUUUAUUUGUUUGGUUCUUAGUUUUAAGUUUAUGUGUUAAGUUCUGUGUAUGUGGUUAUUUUUUUAAGCUUUAUUUGUUACAUACCUGAAACUUGCAAGUGGAAAACUAUAUGUUCUAGACCUUUGUUUUCCCCACAUUGCAAGUCUUGAACUUUUUUUAUUUAUUUUUUUAUAAAUACAACUUAAUGAGAUUAAUCUUAAAGCCAUUAUAGAAGAUAAUGCCCUCAAACACAAACAAAAUGUAUAUUUUGCUUUAUGUAUAUUUAUGAAAUAAAAAAAAGUUUGGACUUUGAUGUAGACUUUCAUAUAGACCUUCUCCAAUUGUCUGUUUGAUGCAGAAGAGCACAGCUGCUGAAUUACAAUUCAUAUCAAUAUUUUGCAUCACAAUAUUGGCUAACUAGCUAUUAAAACUGCUGCUGUACUUCAUUAAUGUACGAAUCAUAAUGUUAUUAUCAAUACUAUCAUAUCAAUAUAAUAUUAUUUGGUGUUUUUGUACUGCUGAAUCAUGUUUCUUUUUCUUUCGCUGUACAAUCCUACAAGAAAUCAUGUAGCUCUUUUUAUUUAAUCUGCCCGUAUAUCUGUAUUCUGAUGAGCACUGCAUUUUAUAUAGAAUGCAACUGGUGUCAUUCAGUCUUAAAUACAUUGAGGACUAUGGGUUUCCAGAACGUUCUGUAAAUGUGCAGUACAAACGAAGCAAUAUGAAUAUUGCUGUAAUACUGUGAAACUGCUAUACAGGUGAUAAGAUGUUCCUGCCAUAUUUCAUACAGGUAGCCAAGCAAUUUGCUCUUGAUGGUCAUUUGUGUUCUCGACAUGAUCUUAUAGCUGUGUAUAUUAUGUCCUGUUAAUGUAUUCUGCCAAAUCCAGACUUUAUUUUGACUGUCCAUGUGGAGAGAAAUGAAACAAAAUGUCUUUAAACUGCAAAUCCCACUGUAGCUACUGUCCAUUAUGGCCUAUUGAUUUGUUUAAUGUUGUUAGUUUUACUUAUCUGUCUUUAGCAUGACCUCAUGGUGAUCACAAUCAAAUGUUUAUUUUUAAUAAUUUGCUAAAUAUACUCCUCAUUGUAUAUAGCUUCACUGAGUUGUAUCUGUUAGUAUUAUCUCCAUAAUGUAAAAGGUAAUGUAAGGACGUACAUUUUGUUUGACCUCUAUGUGCAAUAGUUUGACCUCAGAUCAAUUUUUUUUUCCUGUUUAUGUUUUCCUCUUUAGGAUGCACUGACUGCAGGCUCUGUAAACAUUGAAAUAUAUUUUCUGAGAAAAGUUUUCGUAAGAGAAGACAGAGCAGAAAAAUAAGUGAUCGUAAACUCAGUUAAAUAUGUGUGAAUGUGAUUUGGAUUUUCAUGUAUCAGCUCAGCCUAAAGUGUUUGUCACUGUUUAUUUGUGGCUUCUGUAUUUUGUUACUCGAUAUGCAGAAUAAAUGUUUUUGGGCAGUGUAA